AUGGCUGUCAAAAAAACGGACCAUGAGUCCUCAAACCAGGUUGAUGUGACACCAAAGUCCCAAUCUCACAAACGCAAGCGAGAAACCCAGGGCACCCAGUCCGCCACCACUCCCACCCCGACGAAGAACCAUAAGAAACGCGAAAGUCUAGCAACCGCAGAGGGCGCAGAUGAUGGCAGCACAAAGAAGCGCAAACGUCUCAAGGAUGCGCUUCAAGGCGAAAGCUCCCCGGAAUCAACCCGGAAAGAAAGUGUUAUCUCGAAAAAGCGCAGCAAAAAGACAGUCGCAGACUCCAGUGACGAGGCCAGCGAGAAGCCAACGAAAACAAAGUCCAGCAAAAGAAAGAGCGCCGAAGAAGAAGAAGAAGACACCGGAUCUGUACCAGUGAUUGAGGAAAAAGAUGAAGCUGAAGCUCCUGUGGAGGACGAGGGUCGAGCUAAGAACAAGCAUUCUGGUAUCCUGUCCAAGUUCGAGCGCACGAAAUCAGUUACGAGCGCCAAGGCGAAAAAGGCACCAACGGAGGUUGUUGAAGACGAAGUACCUGCCGCUGAGCCUGUCUACGCACAGGGCCUCGAGCGACUCCCUCAGCCUGUGAAUCCACCCGAGCUGGAGCAACUCCCAACAUACUCUUCCUUGCCCCCAUGGCUCGCCAACCCUUUGCGCAAAUCUACCGAUGACACAAAGAAAUUCUCCGAAUUGGGAAUCAAGCCCGAUUUGCUCAAGACUCUGGAGCAGCAGAACUACACGGAAGCAUUCGCUGUGCAGUCCACUGUGAUCCCCCUCCUGCUUCAAGGCAAGGACAACCACCCUGGAGAUGUCUGUGUCUCUGCGGCUACCGGUUCCGGAAAAACCCUUUCUUAUGUGCUUCCUCUUGUGACUGCCCUUCCACCCAGACCUGCCUCCCGGCUACGAGGAUUGAUUGUUGUCCCUACGCGAGAGCUGGUGAAGCAAGCCCGAGAGGCCUGUGAGCUUUGUGCUUCAGGCUCCAGACUUCACAUCGGAAGUGCUGUGGGUAAUGUGGCCAUCAAGGAAGAACAGAAGCUGUUGAUGCGCGUCGAUCAAGUCUACAACCCGGCCGUCCAACGCCAACAGCGCGAAGGAUUAAAGGGCAAUGACUGGAUGAAUCUUAAUCUUGAAGAUUGCGUCAGCGAGGCAGUCAACUCUAGUGGCUCUCUUCCUGGCCAUGUUCAGCGACCCGAGCCUAAUGUCGACAUUCUCAUUUGUACACCUGGUCGUCUCGUUGACCACAUCCGCUACACCAAGGGAUUCACCCUCAAGCACCUUGAAUGGCUGGUGAUUGACGAGGCCGAUCGUCUCUUGAACGAGAGUUUCCAAGAAUGGGUUGAUGUCGUGAUGAACUCUCUCGACAGUCGCCAGGCCCCCGAGACUUUCGGGCCCGGAGGCAAGCUCCUGUCUGAUCUCGGACUUCCCAUUGAUGUCAAGCCACCCAGAAAGGUGGUUCUUAGUGCUACUAUGACUCGGGAUAUCUCAAAGCUCAAUUCACUACGCCUUGCUAACCCUAAGAUGGUCAUCAUCGGCUCUGAGGAUGCUGAUGAGGAAGAGACAUCCAUCCGCCGCACCGACUCACACUUCACCCUCCCCUCAACCCUCUCCGAGCGCAUCAUUCGUGUCGGCGAUGGAUCUCUGAAGCCACUGUAUCUCCUGCGUCUUCUGCUUUCACACAUCGAGCUCAAGGGAGAUGAUCGCGCUGCUAGCGUUUCUGAUUCAUCUGACUCCGAUGAUACUAGCUCGGAUGAUGACACGAGCAGCAACGAUGAUACCAGCUCCGACGACUCGUCCGACGACGACACAUCUUCCUCCGGCUCAGACUCGGAAUCUGACUCUGACUCUGAUUCCUCAUCUGAUUCCGAUUCCUCCUCCGAUUCUGAUUCAUCCGACUCAUCUGACUCGGAGUCGGAUGCCAUGGAAGACGUCCCAACUCCUUCCCACAAGACGGUGCUUGUCUUCACCAAGUCGUCUGAGUCCGCCUCACGUCUCUCGCGCCUCAUCGAGCUCCUUCACCCUGCUCUAGCCAAGCGUGUAGGAACAAUCGUGAAAUCCAACAACUCAUCUGCUUCUCGCAAGACUCUUCGGGCUUACAACCAAGGCCGUCUUUCCAUCAUUGUUGCCACGGAUCGAGCAUCCCGUGGUCUGGAUCUCCCAUCUCUGACCCACGUCAUCAACUACGAUGUCCCUACCAGUGUCACUACCUACGUUCACCGUGUUGGUCGUACUGCUCGUGCCGGCCGCGAGGGAUGCGCUUGGACUCUUGUCGCUCACCGCGAAGGCCGCUGGUUCGUCAACGAAAUCGGCGCCGGUCCUAUUAAGCGAUCCUCAGACAUUGAUCGUGUCAACAUCAAGUCGGAGGCUCUGGCUUCUCUGAAGCCGAAGUAUGCCAAGGCUCUGGACAAACUGGAGAAGGAGGUCAAGCGUGCUUGA